AGAUUCUAGUGUAGGUAUUGGCUUGUAUGGAUCUCUCGCAUCUUUUAAGUGUUGGUCCUUCCCUUGUCCUCCUACCUCAGACCCUCACCAGUGAGCUCCUCCAAGGCUGACAGACCUCGCCCUUCAAUUCGAUCAACAGGUUUGGACGCACUGGUGGUUCGCUUUGGCGGCGGGGCGCCGUCUCGCUCUGCACAAGCCUCCAGGAGCUCAAAUGGCAGAAGCAGUACUCCUUGCUGUCACAAAGAUUGGUUCUGUUUUGGCAGAUGAAGCCUCUACAGCCAUUCUAAAUAAGUUGUCUGAAAAAGUUAAUAAUCUGAAGGAACUGCCGGGGAAGAUCAAGCAGAUAGGGAUGCAACUUAAGAUCAUGAGCAAUCUGAUAUGGCAGAUUGGCACAGUCUACCUCACAGACGAAGUUGUCAAGAGUUGGAUUGGGGAGGUCCGUAAUGUGGCUUACCAUGUUGAGGAUGUGAUGGACAGAUAUUCAUAUCAUGCUCUUCAAAUGGAAGAAGAAGGGUUCCUGAAGAAGUUCUUCAUCAAGGGAACCCAUUAUGUCAGUGUUUUCAGUUCAAUUGCAGAUGAGGUUUGUGAGAUCGAGAAGGAGAUUCAGCAAGUUAUAAAGAUGAAAGAUCAGUGGUUGCAACACGCCCAGCUUGUUCCUAACCAAUUGGUGGAGAUGGAAAGGCAGCAGUCCCAAGGUUGGUUUCCGGAAUUUGUCAAAGAUGAAGACCUAGUGGGAAUUGAGGAAAACAAGAGAUGGCUGACUGGAUGGUUGUAUUCUGAAGAACCAAACAGUUCCGUGAUAACAAUUUCUGGUAUGGGUGGGUUGGGAAAAUCUACUCUGGUCACAAAUGUUUAUGAACGUGAAAAGGUCAACUUCCCUGCACAUGCGUGGAUUGUUGUGUCACAGAUCUAUUCUGUUGAUGCUCUGUUGAGGAAUCUACUUAGGAAGAUCGGUACAGUGGGACCACCAACACCAACAGGGAUUGACAAAAUGGAUGUGCAUGACUUGAAAGAAGAAAUAAAGAAACAACUCCAACAUAGAAAAUGUUUGAUUGUAUUAGAUGAUGUCUGGGAGCAACAGGUAUACUUCCAAAUACAUGAUGCUUUUCAGAAUCUUCAAGCAAGUAUAAUUGUUAUUACGACACGGAAGGACCAUGUUGGAGCUCUUGCUUCUUCCAACUGUCACCUGGAACUUCAACCAUUGGCUAGACAUGAUGCAUUUGAACUCUUCUGCAGAAGGGCUUUUUACAACAAGAAGGGCCAUGAGUGCCCCAUGGAGUUCAAGGAAAUGGCCACUUCUAUAGUGGAUAGGUGUCAUGGCCUUCCUCUAGCAAUUGUUACUAUAGGCAGCUUGUUGUCAUCAAGACCACAAAUAGAAACAUGGAAACAUACAUACAAUCAGCUUCAGAGUGAGUUAUCAAAAAGUGAUCAUGUCCGGGCAAUUUUAAAUUUAAGCUACCAUGACCUGUCAGGAGACCUUAGGAACUGCUUCUUAUACUGCAGCUUGUUUCCUGAAGACUACGCCAUGUCACGGGAAAGCCUUGUGCGGAUGUGGGUUGCAGAAGGCUUUGUUCUUGGCAAAGGAAAGAACACACCAGAGGAUGUGGCUGAGGGAAAUCUCAUGGAAUUGAUCCACCGUAAUAUGCUAGAAGCUUUUGAGUAUGAUGAGCUCGGCAGGGUCAACACCUGUAAGAUGCAUGAUAUUAUGCGAGAAUUGGCACUUUCUGUUGCCAAAGAAGAAAAGUUUGGUUCUGCAAAUGAUUAUGGUGAAAUGAUACAGAUGGAUAAAGAUGUUCGCCGCUUGUCAUUAUGUGGAUGGAAAGCCAACACUCCACUCAAAGUAAAAUAUCCACGUCUUCGGACCCUUGUGGCUCAUGGAAUGAUUUCAUCCUCUACCAUGUUAUCCUCAAUUUUGACUGAAUCGAGCCACUUGACUGUUCUAGAGCUGCAAGAUUCUGAUAUCAAUGAGGUGCCAGCAUUUGUAGGGAAUCUCUUUAAUCUACGGUAUAUCGGGUUAAGACGCACCAAUGUCAAGUCACUCCCAGAAUCCAUUGAGAAGCUUUCUAACCUCCACACUCUGGACAUCAAGCAGACCCAGAUAGAGAAGCUUCCUCGAGGCAUUGUUAAGAUCAAGAAGCUGCGGCACCUUUUGGCUGACAGAUUUGCUGAUGAGAAGCAGUCAGAAUUCAGAUAUUUCAUCGGAGUGGAAGCACCUAAAGGGCUGUUGAAUUUGGAAGAACUACAGACUCUUGAGACAGUGCAAGCAAGCAAAGACUUGGCUGAGCAGCUAAAGAAAUUGAUGCAGCUUAGAAGCAUAUGGAUCGACAGUAUAACUGCUGCUGAUUGUGCAAACCUUUUUGCGACCCUGUCGACGAUGCCACUUCUUUCCAGCCUGCUUAUCUCUGCAAGAGAUGUGAAUGAGACACUUUGCCUCCAAGCCCUUGAUCCGAUUUCCACAAAUCUCCACAGGCUAAUUGUAAGGGGGCAGUGGGCUGCUGGGACAUUGGAGUAUCCAAUAUUUCGUAACCAUGGGGAACGUCUCAAAUAUCUAGCACUAAGCUGGUGUCAGCUUGGAGAAGAUCCAUUGGAGGUGCUUGCUCCACACGUGCCAAACCUCACCUAUUUGAGUCUUAACAGGGUAAAGAGUGCAAACACUUUGGUUCUUUCUGCAAAGUGCUUUCCACACCUGAAGACCCUUGUCUUGAAGCGAAUGCCUGAUGUCAAGCAGCUCGAGAUUGGAGAUGGCGCUCUUCCAUGCAUCGAAGGAUUGUACAUCAUGUCACUGGCGCAACUGAAUAAGGUCCCUCAAGGCAUUGAAUCCCUACUGUCCCUGAGGAAGCUCUGGCUGCUGAACCUGCAUAGCGACUUCAGAAGUCAAUGGUGCAAGAAUGGAAUGCACCAGAAGAUGCCACAUGUUCCAGAUAUUCGCAUCUAGGAGGUAACGAUGGUUCUGUCUUUAGUAUGCUUGUAAGGUGUGUGUGCGCAUAACUACGUUUGUUAAGCUUUUAAUCCCUUUUUCUUCGAAUAUAAGUCAUUAAUUGUUGACACUGCUACAUUUAUAUCAGGAUUGUACUUGGGGACUGUAACACAACUAGUCUUGAAACGUUGGCUUCAUUCCUCCAAUAGACCCCUGUCUGUGUUUUUCUCGUUCAAUAACAUUCCCCUUUUUCACU